AUGUCCGACGACGAGGACAUUCAAAAACCAAAAACUUUGGUGUAAGUAUAAUUGUAAUUCAAUAAAAAUCAGGUAUUUUCAAAUUUCAGAAAGCCAACCUAUGGGGCAAAGAAGAAAAACAAAACGAAAGAUUUAGUUUUCUACACAAAUUUUGAAGAGGUUCUUCAAAAAAUCAACCCAUUUGGAGCUUAUCAGAUUUUCUGUUUCAUUGUCAUUUUAUAUGCGUCAAUCGAAUGGGCCGGAAAUUCCACGUUUAUGUUUGUUUUGGGAUCAUUUGAACCUGAUUGGAAUUGUACAUUAUCGAAUAAUCAAACUGAACGAUUAAAUGCUCCAACAAAUAAUGCAUCGUGUGCAUACAUCAAAAAGAAUUGUGUAACUCUUGAACCAAUUGUCAGUUUUUUCUCGGAAUAAUCGGAAUUUGUAUUUGUAAUUUCUGUUUUUUUUUCAGCGUGACAAAUUAGAGUUUUUCUCGUUGGUCGCACAAUUUCAAUUGAUUUGUGACAAUGCUAAUGUUCCAGAAUAUAUUGAAGUUAUUAUGGCAGGAUGUUCUGUAAGUCAUCGGGAAAAUUAAAUUUGAUAUGUAUGUUUAAACAAAAAUAUUUUGCAGUUAGUUGGAUCUAUUUUUGGUGGUCAUAUGGGUGAUCAUUACGGUAGACAAACUAUAUUCUUUACCGGUCAACUAUUAAUUAUUAUAACAUCAAUGAUGUCAACAGCUGCUCAGAAUUGGCAAGCUUUUGCUGCAAUUCAAGGAGUUAACUGUUUCUUAUAUGGUGUUAUCGAAGUUAGUCUUCAAGUUUUUUUUCUUCUGAAUAAGAAAUAAAGAAGGAUUUUAGGUAACAUCACUGACAAUGAUGAUGGAAUAUACAUCAAAUAAAUUCCGAGUUAUUAUGGCGAAUGCUUUCCAACUUCCAAUUGCUUAUAUGACAAUUGCAUUGAUCGCGUAUCUCACGAAGGGUUGGCAAAAUUAUUUUGUGUUCCUCAAUCUUGUUUCAUCUCCUCUUGCAAUUGGUUUUAUGUUGUUCUUGGAAUCUCCAAGAUGGUUGAUUGCAAGAAAUCGAUUGAAUGAGGCAUGUGAUGUUUUGAAUGAUAUUGCACAUCAAAGAUGGAAUAAUACAAAAGUAAGAUUCACAAACAAUGAUAUCUCAGCUAUUCAUAAACAAGAGAAACAAGGAUUCUAUUGGUUCAUUCAUUUAUUCAGCACAAAAAGAUUAGCGAAACAAAGUUUUCUGCAAAUUUUAUCAGUUUUGACAUAUGCGAUGGUUUCAAAUACUUAUCUUUAUACUGCUUCGGGACUUCAUGAUUCAGCAAUUAUGUUCACAUUCCUUGAUGGUGUUUUCCGUUUGGUUGUUCCAAUUAUAAUUGUUGUUUUCGAUAUUUUUGUUCCACAAUUUGGUCGCAAAAUUCAAUUCCUCGGAUCACUUGUUAUUGAAGGAAUUAUUUUUGGAGUUAUUAUUGGACUUGUUGCAAGUGGAACAUGCACAUAUGAUUCAAAACGUGAGUAAUUUAGCAAUAUUAGAAUGUUUGGCAUUUUAAUUAUUUUCAGCAAUCACAAUUAUGAUCGUUGUUGCUACAAUGAUAAAUGAUUGUGUAUUUUGGAUUAAUAUUGUUCAAAUCACAACUCAGAGAUAUCCAACAGUAAUCAGAUGUAUUGCAUUUGGAACACUUCAUUCAAUCAGGUUAGUUUUUUUUAAAUUUUGCAAAAAAUUCAUCUUAAAUAUUUAGACAUAUUGGAGCCAUUAUUGGUUAUCUAAUUCUUCAACCACUUUUAACAUCUGGAUGGCCAACUGGAGCAUUUGUUGUCCCUGAAGCAAUGAUUGUUCUCACAAUUAUUGCUGGAUAUUGCUUCCAGCCAGAAACUAAAGGAAAAGCUUUGAUGGAUCAAAUGAUUGAAGCGAACUACGGUAGAUUGGAAAAUGAAUUACCAAGAGCUCUUAUCAGGUAGGAAUUAAUUUCAAAAAUGAUAUCAAUACUUACAAAAUAUUUCCAGACUUGCUGCUGGCCACAAAGUUGCUCAAAUGGAAGUUCGAAAACAACAUCGACAAGACUUGGAACAAGCAAAAGCAGCUGAAAGAGCUGGAGAAACUAUCGAUAGUCCAUGGGUAUUCAAAGGUCCAGAAAAACAGGAAUAG